GGACGACGUGCUGCUGAGCGUACGUAAAGACGUCCAUCAUCUGCUAGCGCGUCUGUGAUUGGUCGAUGCGAGCCAGUUUUUCAGGUCACGUGAUGUUGCCGGACGUGGACGUUAGCGACCGUUAUCACCACUCGAUCUGCAUCAUCACCACCUCCACCAUCAUCAUCAUGCAGCCAUCCUUUGUGUGCCACACGGAGCUAUUUUAAAACGUAGCCUCGUUCAUUUACAGCGACGUGUGAGCUGCUGAGCCGCCGCCGCCGGACUGCAUCCUCCUCCCCCUGUUCGUCUGUGCUCCUGUCGCCGCUAUGGGCGGCUGUCUGCUCCGUCUGCUCGCCGUCGUGCUGUCAGUCCUGUCGGCUGCGGGAGAGCCGGCGGGAUCCGCUCAUGUCGACGGAGCUCCGCCUUCUAAAAUAGCGGUGGUCGGGGCGGGGAUAGGAGGCAGCGCCACUGCGCAUUUCCUGCGCCAACACUUCGGCCCUGAGGUCCAAGUGGACGUGUUUGAGAAGGGUGAGGUGGGAGGCCGUCUUGCCACCGUAACUGUGAAUCACCACGACUAUGAGUCCGGAGGUUCUAUCAUUCACUCCCUCAACCUCCACAUGCAGGAGUUUGUCAAACAGCUCGGUUUGAAGUAUCGUCGCAGUGUGGCAGGGAAGACAGCGGUGUUUAACAGCGAGGAGGUGAUUCUGGAGGAGACGGACUGGUACCUGCUGGACCUGUUCCGUCUAUGGUGGCGCUACGGCAUCAGCUUCAUACGCCUGCAGAUGUGGGUGGAGGAAAUCAUGGAGAAAUUCAUGAGGAUCUAUAAGUACCAGGCCCACGGCUACGCCUUCAGUUCAGUGGAGGAGCUGCUGGACUCUCUCGGGGGGAGUGGCUUUAUCAACAUGACCAGAAGGCCGCUCUCUGAUUCGCUGCUGGAGCUGGGUGUGUCGCAACGCUUCAUCGAUGAGGUCAUCGCGCCCAUCAUGAGGGUCAACUACGGACAGAACGUCAGCAUCCCUGCCUUCGUAGGCGCGGUAUCUUUAGCUGGUGCCCAGAACAACCUGUGGGCGGUGGAAGGAGGCAACAAGCUGGUGUGUUCUGGCCUUCUGAAGAUAGCCAAUGCUAACCUGCUGCAAGCGCAAGUCAACUCCAUCUCCCCUGUCUACUCUGGGGAGGUGGUCCAGUACCAGCUGAACUUCACCACAGCAGCAGAAACAGGAUCGGAGCUGUAUGACAUUGUAGUCCUGGCGACGCCGCUCCAGGCCAGUGUCAGAUCUGGAGUGGAGUUCCAAGGUUUCACGCCUCCCUUUGACCAGCUCACCGGCAACUAUCACAACACUGUAGCAACCAUCGUCCACGGUUACCUCAACACCUCUUUCUUUGGUUUCCCGGACCCCCGUCUAUUCCCCUUUGCCAGCGUCUUGACAACUGAGACGCCCAAUCUGUUCUUCAACAGCGUGGCUAGUGUUUGUCCCGUCAACAUCUCGGUGGGCUUCCGGCGUAAGCAGCCGCAAGAGGCUGGAGUCUAUAAAGUGUUCUCGCCACAACCUCUGGACAAGGCUCAGCUCAAAAUGCUCUUCAGGUCGUACUACUCAGUGCAAGUGACAGAGUGGCAGGCCUACCCUUGUUACGGCAGCAGCCAGGGACUGCCGCCCGUGGAGCUCCACCCUAAUCUCUACUACCUCAAUGGCAUCGAGUGGGCCGGCAGCGCAAUGGAGAUGAGCUCAGUGGCUGCCAAGAACAUCGCCCUGCUGGCUUAUCACCGCUGGAACAGACAGACGGACAUGGUGGACCAGAGAGAUCUGAUGCACAGGAUCAAGACUGAACUAUGACCUGGUCAACUGAAAGCCAAAACACUUAAAGUUUGUAGCUUAUACGUCAUCAUAUAGCUGAUGUGGCACAUCCAAAUUCUUAACUGCACAUCAAAUAUACUGUAUCUCCUGCUGAAUCCUUGAGCCAGAAAAUAGCCACAUCCAAGUAAUUUAUUACCUUUGCUCCAUCCAUCUGACCUUAUACUAAAGGCAGGGUCUCUUUGCAUUAACAAAGAGGAAAACUAGUAAGCAUCAACUUAAACUAAAACAGUUUGUUUGCACCACAAAAGACAAUUGUAGUAAUGCGUUGUCAUCCAAAGGCCAAUUUUGCUGUCGUUCUGCGUCAGCGACAUUGUAGAUAGUCGGGACGUGUUGCAGUAUUGUUUGGGGAUUGACUACUAAGGCUAAUUGGUGAUUUCAUCCAAGAUCUCAGCUGCUGGCAGCUUUUGUUUGCCAAGUAAUACGGACGCCAAGCAACCGUGGAAAACACUAGUUAAUAUUUAAACUUGGUAGAAAACGAAUGGACUGCUUUCUUGAGUUGCAUGUGGGUUGUACCGAUCACUGGUACUGCUCUUUACUGUUUUUUGUUUUUUUUCCAGCAGCAACAGCAGGGAUGAUUUUACCUCCGUAAUGUAAAAAAAAAACAAAGUCAAGACCUCAAGGAUUUAAGAUUCAGAGCAUGAAUUAGACACUUUUAAAUGGCUGCUUUUUGUCCGCCCUGUAACAGCUUUAUCCUACCUUUAAGGCACAUAAACCAGCGCUCUGUUGUCUAAUCAAAAACAUUGACAGCACUGCUAAUCACUGUCUGUAUAUUUAAACUGUUAAUGGACUUGCUGUCCAUGUGAACUUCUCCAAGGAGAUCUCAUUAAAGUAAUCUCAGUAGGAUUUUUUGUAAAUUAAUAAAACCAUUAUUCAGUGACUCAUGGUAGUGGCCACUGGUGCUAUGCUCUAUUGCCCCUUUCAUCAGACGAUUUCAUUAUCUCCCCUUCCUGCGGCUUUUGUUGCAUAAUCCAGCGGAAAGAAUCUUUUUUCGGGGAAUGGAGCCAACAAGCCUCCCCGCUGGACCGAAUAAAAGCAGAGGACAGCUCUGUGGGGCAGCUGGUGGUGAUGAUGGUGACACUUUUUUCCCCUUUUCGCUCAAGCCCUAAAGCCUCGUUGAGAUCCUGCUUUUUAAAACACACAUACGAGGAGAGAGUUGGGCGUUCGCUUCCAGAAACAGCAAGUGCUAAAGAGCCACCACUGACUUUUGAUUAUCCUAAUAAGACUUACAGAAAUGCCUUCUUUUAUUUAUUUCUAGUAGCGGAUUUGGACUGUAAAGUAUUUCUCGAUCCAGAAAAAAAAACUUAACUGUUGUCAACUGGAAAUCUUGUGACUCCAAAGUGCUUCGGUUGAUGGAUAAUGUGAUUGUGUCAUGUGAUGAGAAAACGUCACAACCCUUUGAUCUGAUGGCAUUGUUUCAAAGCCCCAUGAUGGCGUCAGAAAUGAUGGCGGAUGAGCUAAAAUGAAGGCUGUUUGAACUGUCGACGUUUUUGAAAUUCAGGGUUUUCACUUAACUCCUGCAUUUGUUUUCUUGUAUGUGGAGACAAAUAUUUGUAGUAAUGGUCUCAUAUGAUGUGCUAUAAAACAGAUUCACCUGGACUGAUCUAGACUAAUGAACUAGUUCAUAAGUGGGGUGAACGUUAUGGAGCCAUCUUUAGGAUUGGUAAAACUCAAAACUACUUACUAGCUUUUUUAGACAGCUAGCAACCUUCAACUGUAUCACGUGGUCUUCAUCAUCAGAUGGAGUUUCCUCAGUUGUGUUGAAGAUAGAUUUGUCGACAUUCAAGCUUCUCAGACUUGCAGACUUCUCGUCUGUGUUGCCUAAAACAGUUAAGCACAAUAAAAACCAUGUGAUAUGGUUGAAAGCUCCUGAUAAACCUAGUAAAUGCACCUUGAGUUGGGAGCUACUAUUUCCAAGGACAAGUAUGAGAUUUUCAUGCCAACAUGAACAAGAAAUCCUGAAAGUGCUACGGAUGAAAUUACAUAUCCAACAGAUCUCUCAGCUGGUGAAGAGUCUGGAUUGUUUAGUCAAACUAUUUACAAGAUCGGAAUGAACUUGGAUCUUUUCUUUAUCUUUUGGAUAUUUUACAUAGCGAGUACAGGUACAGGGAAAAGUAAAUACAAUAGGCUCUAUUCAUAGCUGAAAUAGCACAUUUGUGCAACAUAAAGGUACAGUCUGUGCAAAGAGUGUUGGCUAUGUUAGGAACCUCUUCUCUGCAUUUGUAUGCAUAACACAUUGCUGUAUUUUGUGUUAUUUUAAAACCAUUUUGAGAUUUCUAAGAGAGGAGAUCAUCUUGACUGCUACAAAUUUUCCAAAACAUGCUUUUAUGAGUUCAAUAACACAAAGAUACAGAACAUCAUGUUACAGUUUAGGUGCUUUUAAUGUUCAUGGUUCAUGUUUGUAUAAAGUAACAGGAAACUGUGCAUGAUCAUUCUUGACUUAAGGAAUAGUAGUUUGAUUAUAUAUAUAUAUAAUUAUAUAAUAUAAGAUUACUUUUGUGACAGUCACCAUGUAGGAAGAGACAGGAAACAUGUUUAGGAUUUGAGAAAUGUCCGCUGGCCAGACUCAAACCAGAUGUUGUGGUUUUGUGGUAUUGACCUUAACCAUUAAGCCACCAGGGCGCCCCCAAUAGUUUGACAAAAUUAUCUUAACUCAAGGUCCACUUACUGCCUCUUUGCUGAGCUUUCAACUGCAUCUCACAAUCCUCAUGGACAGUCGAAAGUUAUCAUGGACUGAUAAACAGAGAAACUGCUGAAGAAGAUCAUGAAAUGUGAUUUAAAGCUCCAGAAAAAGCUAGAAAGUGGACCUACAGUAAAGAUUAUUUAAUUAAACUGCAGAUUCUCUAAGCUAACUACUGUUGCUCUACAAACUUCUGUUUAGUACAACAUACUGUACUGUAUUCAUCUGCCUGAUGAACAUAACAAUGCAGCUAUUUAUAAUGAAUGAUGUGUAUUAUUCUGCCUGUUGAGAGAAUAAAAGGAUUGACCAGUUU